GACAGUGUAAUAUUUUUGACUUGCAAAUAGAAAUAGUGAGCGCCGAGAGGUCCGCCCAUAUUCUCUCUCUCUCUUCUUCCCUCCCCUUCUUGAACUUCUUCUGUGGGAGAGAAGAAGGCACCAGCCUCCAGGAUCAAUCAUGGAGGCUCCUCAUCAGGAUCAACGCUUUAGAUCUUCCAGACCCCUCACCAUUCAUGCCUGCGCCCAGUCUGGAGAUCUUCUUGGCUUUCAGAAGCUGCUGCGGGCCAAUCCUGCUCUUCUCAAUGAAAGAAAUCCUGUUAUGGCACAGACUCCACUGCAUGUUUCUGCUGGUAACAACAGGGCCGAGAUAGUGAAAUUCCUACUUGACUGGGGAGGGGUGGAGAAAGUUGAAUUGGAAGCCAAGAACAUGUAUGGAGAAACUCCGUUACACAUGGCAGCAAAGAAUGGGUGCAAUGAUGCUGCACGAUUACUUCUUGCCCAUGGUGCUUUUGUUGAAGCCAAAGCUAAUAAUGGGAUGACACCGUUACACCUUGCUGUUUGGUACUCAAUCAGAUCAGAAGACUGCUCAACUGUCAAGACAUUGCUUGAGUAUAAUGCUGAUUGCAGUGCUAAGGACAAUGAGGGCAUGGCUCCUAUUAAUCAUGUCUCGCGAGGUCCAGGAAGUGCAAAGUUGCGUGAACUAUUACAAUGGCAUAUGGAAGAGCAGAGAAAGAAAAGAGCACUUGAAGCAUGUGGUGAAACAAAAGCUAAGAUGGAUGAACUUGAAAAUGAAUUAUCUAACAUAGUGGGGUUAAAUAAGCUUAAGGUUCAAUUAAGAAAAUGGGCAAAGGGGAUGCUUUUGGAUGAGAGGCGCAGGGCCCUUGGGCUAAAAGUGGGUGUGAGAAGACCUCCUCAUAUGGCUUUCUUGGGAAAUCCUGGAACAGGUAAGACUAUGGUAGCUCGAAUACUUGGAAGAUUACUUCAUCUUGUGGGAAUCCUACCCACUGAUAGGGUAACAGAAGUUCAACGUACGGAUUUGGUUGGUGAAUUUGUUGGUCAUACUGGACCAAAGACUAGGAGGAAGAUAAAAGAAGCAGAGGGAGGAAUUCUUUUUGUGGACGAAGCAUAUCGGCUAAUACCCAUGCAGAAAGCAGAUGAUAAAGACUAUGGAUUAGAAGCCUUGGAAGAGAUCAUGUCUGUUAUGGACAGUGGAAAAGUUGUUGUCAUAUUUGCUGGGUACAGUGAACCAAUGAAGCGUGUGAUAGCUUCUAAUGAAGGCUUUUGUAGAAGGGUUACAAAGUUUUUCCAUUUUGAUGACUUCACUUCAGAAGAUUUAGCCAAGAUCGCCCAUGUUAAGAUGAAUAAUCAACAAGAGGAAGGUUUGUUAUAUGGAUUUAAUUUACACUCUAAAUGCAAUAUACAUGCCAUUGCAACAGUGAUAGAGAAAGAAACAACAGAAAAGCAACGUAGGGAGAUGAACGGAGGUUUAGUAGAUACAAUGCUGGUUAAUGCUAGAGAGAAUUUGGACUUCAGGCUGGAUUUUGAUUGUAUAGAUGCUGAUGAACUACGUACCAUCACCUUGGAAGAUUUGGAAGCUGGGCUUCGGCUGCUAUCACAAUCAUGAGGAGCAGGAAAUAAUGAGAAGGACAAUUGGUGAUGAUAAUUUUUGGAAAUCAGCUGUUGUAUUUUAUUGUUUCCAGAGGUUUUUCUCUUGUGUGACUGCAAUUGGAUAGUAUUCCCAUUAUUAGAGGGUUUAUGCUCAAUGUUCUUUAUUUGUAUAUACGGCUUCCUGCUAGUUGAAUGUCGAUGGAAAUGGAUGUCCUUUCCAUAAUUUUUUCCCUGCAUUUUGAUUGUUUCAUUUGUGGAUAGCAAGUUAGCAACAUACUUCUUGUAAACUAUGGCUUUGCCACGAUAAGUUUUAUAGCAAUUCCUUAUUAUAA